UUUCCUUCUUGUUCCCUUUUUUCGUUUUUUAAUUGUCCCGGAGCCUUUCUGCCUUUUACCCCCCUCCCGACUCCCGUCCUCGUCUCGCUCCAUUUCCUUCUUGACCGUCGUCAAUCCACGUCCAGUCCCAGUGGCCCCGUCCCCGUCAUUCACUGACCUGACCUACCUAAUACAUACCCCAACCUACCUAACUUCCAAAGUCCCCGGGCAAUCCUCGCUCCCGCCUUCCCGCCUGUCCGCCCCACGAAGAAAAACCAUUUGCGCUUCGCGCAACUCGCCAAUUCCAUCGCGAAUCCAUCGCGAAACACGGUACCGCGGCCCCAUCGUCCAUCACUCUCAUCACGACCACAAUCGCAUCAAUCUUGCCAUCUUGCGAUCAAGUCUAAACUUUGCGCCACCGAUCUAUCAUCCCCGCUGCCUUUGAAUUCAUUCGUCGGGCGCGCGUCAUUAGUCGGUCAAAAUGGGACUCCCGUAAGUUUCUCGCCUACCCCUGCGGCUUUCCUGGUCGCGCUGCAUUACCUUUGCCUUUGCGCCUGGCCUGUGGGACACUGGCUCAAUCUCGGCCUGCCCAGUCGCAUCGCGUAAUCGCAAUCGCUUCCACUCCAAUGCCUCCAUCCAUAUCCAUCUCGUUCAUCAUAAAUCCUCCGCAUACUCUCGUUUGCGAUUCGUCGACUGCCUCCAAAGACUGCCUUGGCCACGUCUUCGUCGUCGUCGCCGCCGUCGCCGCCGCCAAGUUGCAAUCUAGUCGCGGUGAAUGCAGACUGCCUCAUACCCUGGCCUCGCAUCCCAUCACUAACAUCGCAUCUUCCCAACCGCAGAUUGUUCAUCGCUCCCGUCGAGUCAGAUGUUCCCGCCCAAAUCGGCGACAAGUCUGCAGCCACUCGACACCCUCGCUCUACCAUUCGCCGCAGCCGCCGAAGCGACGACACGCGCCCCUUCCGCCGUCGCGCCGCUCUACUCCGCGACAACUACCCCACUCCCGGCCCCGAGCCUAUCCCGCGCGCCCGGUAUCCAUGGAUCGAGUCUGGCCACCCUCCACCUCCGGAGGCAUAUGUUGCGCCCCCCUCGCGAACGACGCCCCCGGUGCCCGAGCGCCGCAAUCCGGCUGCUGAAAUCAUCGAACGUGUAAACGAAGCACGCAACCGUCAAGCCGAUAGCAAUGAACCCAGCGAAGCUCGUCUGAUUUCCAUGUACGGCGAUGAAUGGGUAUUGAACCGUAUGCCCAGGCUCUCCAGCGGGGUUACCGUCACACCCCCGACCGGGGAAGAGGAUGCCAAUUGGCAGGAACCAGACCGGGCCCAGCUUGAGGGCUCAACAUCAUACGCCAAUUACAGAGAACGACGGAGAUUCCGUCGGGCGCAGCUCGAUCGCAUGUCAAUGCCCGCCCCACCAGUUGCAGCACGCUUUGACCGCAGUCCCGAGCAUGCAACUUCCGCCAGGUUUGCGGGACGUAUGCGCAGACCGGACUUGGAAUCGCAAACAGACCGCGCAUCUUUAUCGCGGCGGGUACGCCGGGUUCGUCCUUUUGGGCACUUAAUCGAGGCUUCUCUUGCAGACGGCCUUGGCGAUCGCAACAGAAGCAUCAGCCCUGAUGAGGAUGGCGUCUGGGACACACUGUUGACUACACUUACGCCGGACCCGCAGCCUCCAAGCGCUGGGUCGUCUUUCGCCUCUGCUUCGGCGUCUGCGUCUGCUUCUGCAUCGCAAUCACAGAGCGCCGGCGCAUCAUCUCGCACGUCUGUAGACAGACCCGAAAGGGCUGAGGAGUCUACUGAGCAACCUUGCGAAUCCGGACUUGAAAACUCGGAUAGUGAGGGCCAUGAAGACUUGCACAUGGGAAGGGGCUGGCCCGAUCACUGGACGAUGAACUACCCGUCCAGACACCGGCGGUUUGUCGCCGACUUGGAUGCGAAUGAUCCGAGCAGGAUAUCCUUUGUUCGGGGAGACGGGGCUAUGAGGGCUAUGAGUAGCCGCGACAUCGAAGAGAUGCGAAGUCGUCGGCGACUGGAGCUCGCUCGGCACUACAGGAUCGCAACUCGUGACCCCACCCCGCUACCGGAGCUGCUCGACCAUAUUGUCAGAGAUUCGAGCGAGGAGUCCCGCGAUACAGGCGGCCAAGGGGAUGGCGACGGUGAUGCAGGGCCACCGAGCCGCAUCGAAUCGUCCAACGACAACGCGCUGGAGGGCAUGCAAGAGAUUGUACGGCAUCUUGCGCGGCGGCAAGACAUUCCCGACGAGUGGUGGGCAGGUGCUGGGCUUUCCCGGACUCUGCCAGAGGAAUCUUGAAGAAGGCGGGACUAUGCAUGAUCUUUUUUCCCCACGUUUGACACGAAAAAAGCGAAAAGGCUGGGAACUAGAAGAAGUUACCCGAGGCAUGAUGUUUGGAGUACAAGGGGCUUAUAAGGGGCUUAUAGGAUCUGCCAUGGGUAGCGGUCAGGGUCAUUGUUGGGUUUUCAACGGGCGCCAUGCAGGUAUCUGGGCGGGCCAUCUGUAUAAUACGUGUAUCGUGAUGGAAGCGUGACGGGACAGAGAUCCAGAUCCAGAGGAUCUAUACUAUUCUUGAGGCGAGAACCAU